GACUGGAGGAGGGAGACAACGGAAGAGUGGGGGUUGAAAUUCCUUCUGUUAAAAAAAAAAAAAAAAAAAGCAGCUUUGGGAGGAAGACAAAGCACAGAUUAAUACCAGAUAAUUACCUCCAUUGGACGAGCGGUGUCAUUUUGAGCGAGGGACGUCAUCGAACUCGAUGAGGGGACAACACUCCACGGGCAAAGUAUAGACGAGCCUUUCUGCUGGAAAUUGGAAUCCAGCAGCAUAGGAGGUCUUCGCUCCCGGUCCAAAGCCUGGUCUUAAAUCUCCCAAUCCUUACACAGGGUGGUUAAUCCAGAUUUGGGAAUGGUGGGUUCCCAGACUGCCGGGCCAACAAAACUGCACCUCGCAAGGAUUUGUGGAAUCUGAGCAAAUCGGGGGGGGAAACCUUCAUGGUUGUUUCCUGAGGAGCCGACACAACCCGACAAAAGAGCGAUCCAGCUGAGAGGGGACUGGAUCCGGGCCCCGAACAGAUUCAGUGUCCUCAGCCUCGGCCCACGGGCUUGGCUCGUCUCCAGCGUUCUCCUGACAGGGGCUGGAUUUGCUGCUGCUGCUCUGGGGGUUCAAUUUCAUGCGACCAUCCCAAUGGUGUAACGGGUGCCUGUGUGGUUUGGGUUCUGAACACUACUGCACUAUGACGUCUGACAUCUACCACCUGCCGCUCAAUGUGUACGUCAUUGUGCUGGGCAUCGGCCUCUUCGUCUUCAUGCUCAGCCUCAUCUUCUGCUGCUACCUUUUCAGGUUGAAACAACAAGGAACACGGGAGCAGUUCAGCUACAAUGAGGUGGUGCUCAAGGGUGCCAGCAAGAAACUGAGUCUUCUUGGACAAACCUGUGCGGUGUGUCUGGAGGAAUUCCGGACCAGAGAUGAACUUGGAGUGUGCCCGUGCUCACAUGCAUUUCACAAGAAGUGCCUGCUUAAGUGGCUGGAGAUCCGCAGCGUGUGCCCCAUGUGUAACAAACCCAUCCUCCGGCUGCACACAGACGCCCCCCAGGGUGCCGAGGGGCCGUUGGAUCCGGAGGAGGUUUGAGCGAGCUGGCAGAGCCGAGAGAGGACUCUCCUCACGGACAACGCACACACACACACAUAUUAAAUACACUACAGAUGACGAGCAGUGGUCAUCUUAAAGACAUCUCACAAGAUGCGUUGACAGUGAUCCAAGUGGCUGCCCUGCAGAUGACCUUUGAGCAACAUGCCUUCAUGGGAAUCGGAUCUUGACGGCACCAAAAUGAUUGUCAGAUCGGUUAAGGAGCAGGUGGAUGAUCUCGUUAAAAAAAAAAAGUAAAGAUAGUAGAAAUGCUCUUAGUUCUACAUUCAUAAUUGCACUGUUCACCAAAAAAAAAAAAAAACAUGA